CAUUUGAUGAUUCGCGUUUUGAGUUGCCUCGCUACAGCUGCGGGUUCGGGUAAUUAUCUCCGUCCAACCGCAGACGCCCUCCAAACCCCUCAUCUAAACACAGCCUGAAUCCUGAUGCGAUGGCGUUAGCCACCGCCGCCGCCCUGCCGGCGACAGCAGCGGCCACCUCGACGUCGUUUCCGUCUCUCCUCCAACACCACUCACCCGGCAGCCGCCGAACGGUCACAGCCCUGGCCUUCGCGCGGCGCUUCCGCAGCAAAAACCCUAGCCCCUUCCGCUCCGGCAGCAAGGCCGCCGCCCCGACCCCGACCCCGGCCCACGCCCCCGCCCCCGAAGACGACUUCGGCGGCCUCGAGGGAGAGCUCUGGCGCCUCCGCCGCAGCGCGGAGCUGCGAUUCCAGCGCCUCGCCGCGGAGGCCGACGAAGCCUACAGCGACCUCCGCUCCUGCGUCCGCGUCGUCGGCGGGGACCGCCUGGUCCUGACCUUCCGCCGCUCGUCGCUGCGCUUCGCCGCAUUCGCCCUUCUCUGGUCCCUCGCUCUCUCCGCCGCGGCCUGGGCGUCGCUGGGGCUGGCCUUGCGUGCUUGGCGCCAGCUAUGGGGGCGGGGUUGGUGGGAACGACCGGAAGGCGGAGCUGUGGUGACGAAGCGGGACCGGAGCAUGGGAGGGAAGGAGGUGGUGGUGGCUGUAUCGUCUCCUGUGCUGCCUCCGGUCAGCCGCGUCCAGGAGCCCGCAAGGAAGGUCAGGAGGAAGGAACCACAGGGAAGGGUCCCAGAGUGGUGGCCUGAGGUAGAAACCGAGUUGGUGGAACUGGGGCAAGAAGCGGAGAGGUGGGCGAUAUUGGCCAAUAGAUUGGUCCGAGCAAUCAUUGACAAUAGGGUUGCGGGGAGGGAUUACAGAUACGAUGAUGCAGUUCAACUAAGGCAGUUAUGCAAGAUAUCAGGAGUAAAGGUCUCAUUUGACGCAGAAAAUGCACGCGAUUCUUUCUAUAGGGCAACAACAGGCUUUGUUCUGGACGAUUGCAGCAGAACAGCAGAAGACAUGGGGACAACACAAAUUAAUGGAGAGAAUCCAAGAGAUUUUCUUGCUGGUCUUUCUGUGAAUAUUGGGUUGGACAAGUUCCGUGCUGCCACACUUAUUUGUGCAUCAGUUGCUGCUCGCACUCGUGCGUGUCUCUUGCAAUGCUGGGCUCUAGAGAUUCAGGGAAAACGAACGGAGGCACUAGAUGAGCUUGUAAAGAUCUGUAGAAUUCAUCGUGUAUUCCCUCCAGAAGAAAAUUCUGCAGAAAUGGAAAUGGUCGCUGGUGGACUUAAAAAGAAUUUGGAAGUUGCAGAGAGGGUUCACCUUCUCUCUCUAUACAGGGGCGUAUGUACUACUGGUGUCAAAACCGCUGCAGAAGCUCUUGGCCUGCUGCUGCGGCGGCUGCGCGGUUCUUCCCAGCUGCGCUCGGUGGGCCGGCGGCUGCUUCGCCGGAAGUCGGAUGCACUGAUGUGCGAGGCAGCAAAGCGGAGACCAGAGCACCUGGCAGGAGCCGCAACCUAUACUGCUGCGGACACGCCAACGCUGCGACCGGCGACGAAGGCCUCUGCAGGACGACGUCGAUGUGUCCACACUCCAUAAUGAUAGCUCAGUCUCACACGGUUCCAACUCCCAGUAUAUCUCCAGGAGAGCUUGCCGGACCAAUGAGAACAUGAGCAGUAAAAGGGUCCAUUAUUUUUGUAGUUCCAGCUUGGCGUUGUCAUGCCUCGGUAACGGUUGGAGGCUUCAGGCCGUUGAAAUAUUCACAAUUGAAGCCUUUGGCAUCCUCGGUUUUCUGAAGUUGCAGAAUAUGAGAGGUAUUUAAUUCGAGGAA